UGAUUCCCGAAAAUAAAGUCCCGCGUCAUCGCGAAAAUCUUUUUUUCUAAAAAUUUUUCCUAGUAAUUGAGUUUUUCCCAUAUGAUCUAUAUUUUUUACUUGUUUCACUUGAAAAUCCGGUUUUAUGCUAUUGUUUGUGAUAAAAGAUCAAAAUUAUUAUAUUUUCCUGCAUCCUUUAAUUCGCUUGUGUUAAUUACCAAUAAUUUUGUCGUAAAAUAUUGUGUUGUGUAAAAUAACGUGUAAUAUUUUAUUACAAGUAGUUUUUGUGUAAAUAACAAUGAAUUUCGGACAAAUGAUAUCUGUUCCUGUCGGUUUACAUAGUCCUUACAUCGCAGAGCCUCAUAGCAAAAGUGAUGCCUCCUACAUCGAGAGGAAAGUUGUUACCGACCUCUACAAGCAAAUGAAAGAACAAAGCUAUACCGCGCCCACAAGAUCUCUUAGUAGCGCAGCAACUUUGACAUCACUCUGUGUGGACAUCUCGCCAAGUUCGAGUAAUUUUUUUGAGGUUUUAUAUAUUGGAAAAAUUAAAGUAUGGCAAAAGAAGGUCGCAGACACAUUUAUAGAUGACGCACUAGAAAAAUUUCGAAUUCAUGAACUAGAAAAAACAAAAUUGCGACAAUUAGAACAUGUUGGAAAACAACAAAGUGUGGAUAACCUCUACCACAGGGGAUCCAUCGAUUCUACAACUAGCGAAAACAGCUCAUCAACAGAUAGUACCUCAUCAAGCACUCCGACACCACAGAUUCAAAGGUCCAUAUCUUAUCAUUCAAAUAUUUUACAAAAACCGCCCCGCGGUGUGAACGAACAUGACAAGGAUGUCGAUCCCGGUAAACUUACUAGUAUUGCUCCAAUAACCGAUGAAAAUGGUAAUCCAAAGGAUGCAAAAGAAGACUCAACAAGUCAGUCUUCAGAUAUAAAAAACGACGAUUCUCAAGCAAAAGAAGUGAAAUCAUCAGAGAAUGACGAGCAUAAUAGAACGAUGGUUCUGCAAGUAGACCGGACAGAUCUGAGAUUAAUAAGUCCAGAUAGAAAAGUUAUCUUGCUGCAUAAGCAUCAUCGGGACGUAACAACUUGUGUGCAAGGGAUAACUCGUCCGGACCAUUUUGGCUUUAUAUGUAAAGAACAAGCUGGAGGCCUACAAACGUUUAUGGGUUACAUUUUUAAGUGUGAAUCUGCCUCUAUUGCGAGUGAUGCUGUAGCAGCUAUAACUCAAGCCUUCCUAACAACCGAAGCAAAAGAUAGAGUCUUAAUUACCUCAUGUGAACACUGCCCUAUGGUCUGGUUUCAUAAACUUUGUGCAGAAGUCGUCCAAAUGUCUGAUAAGAAAACUCAAGCAGCAAUUUUCAGGAAGCUAGAACAUCUUGACCCUGAAGAACAAGCGACUAUCCUCACCAAAUUCCGAGGUGCUGAAACUGAUUCUGUUAGAGAACAAAACGAGUUUCUCAUGAUGCUGCUGAGGGCUCAUUGUGAAAUGAAGCAGGCCAGGCAUAUACACGAUACGGCAGAAAACAGGUCAGAGUUUCUAAACCAGUAUUUAGGUGUAGGGGGAUCAAAUGUGUUUAGUAAAGCAAAAAAGUCUCUUACCAAUUCAUUUGACCAGUUUCUUAAGAGACGGACUUCCAAUGCCGAGUUCGCAAGCAGUCGACAAAUGAGUCUACCAAUAUCACAUAAUUUGAAUAAAGAAUCAUCACCAUCUUCUUCCAUACAGCCGCAAAUAAAUGAAUCAAAUUCCGAUAAAGACUCUGAAGGAUUUCGUUCCAGAUCUUCCACCCUAGAAUCCCAAAGUGAAGGAAAAGACCAGCAUUUGUCUGUUAGGCAAUCUAAACAAGCUUCAAUAUCGCCAGAUAGAAGCACCACAGGAUCGGAUAAAGGGCAAGGAUUGAAAUCACCCAUGAUAGAUAUCUUUAUGAAAGUUGGUAACAACCCAAAGUCGUCAACUUCGGAGGACGAUCUGCAUAAAUUGGAUGCUAGUUCAUGGAGACAGGCGAUUUUUAAAAGGGUAGUUACUCCUAAAAAGGAAGAAGAUAUUCAAGAGCCUAGAAAGAAAAAAACUAAAGAAGAAUUGCGAACUUUAUGGAAAAAAGCCAUAAGGCAAGCAAUUUUAUUGGUUAGGAUGGAGAAAGAAAAUGAAAGAUUAAAAGCUCAACAAGAAGAAUCUGCAGUUAAAAGAAUAAAACUGGAAUACGACGAGAUGAAGCCCAAUCAACGCGAAGUGAUGGAAGUUUGGGAGAUGAUAACGAAUAAGCAAGAAUCUCAUAUUAAAUUAAAUAAGCCCAUGCUGUUACAAGCCAUUCGGCAAGGUGUUCCAAGAGGUAAACGUGGAGACGUAUGGCAGUUUCUCGCAGAGCAGCACUGUAUUAAGUCUGCACCUCCCGAUCGCACCAAAUAUCCUAAUUAUAACAUACCUUACGAACAACUCUUGAGGCAACUAACUUCACAUCAGCACGCCAUCCUGAUCGAUCUUGGCAGAACAUUUCCAAAUCACUCGUAUUUCAGUAGUCCAUUGGGUCCAGGACAGUUGGCACUAUUUAAUUUGUUAAAGGCCUACUCCUUGCUGGAUCCUGAAGUUGGUUAUUGUCAAGGGUUAAGUUUUGUAGCCGGAGUGUUACUUCUGCAUAUGGAGGAAUCAAAAGCCUUUUCUCUUUUGCGUCAUUUGAUGUUUCGCAGAGGCAUGCGUAAUCAAUAUCUUCCAGAUAUGGUGGGUCUUCAGAUUAAACUGUACCAGCUUUCUCGACUGUUACAUGAUCAGAUCCCUGACUUGUAUGAGCAUCUAGACUUUCACGAAGUCGCGCCAACUUUAUAUGCUGCUCCGUGGAUGUUGACGGUGUUUGCUUCUCAAUUUCCUUUAGGAUUUGUCACUAGAGUAUUUGAUUUAGUUUUCCUUGAAGGCCCAGAUGUGAUAUUUCGAGUUGCUUUGGCCCUCCUUACUUACCAUAAAGAAAAUAUCCUCUUAUGUGAUAGUUUUGAAGAAAUUAUGAAUUAUUUUAAAGGACCAUUGGCUACCAUAGAUAAACCCAUACUAGAUAAAGUCAUGAAGCAUAUCUAUACUACAGAUAUCUCAAGGCAUCUUGACGAAUACAAAGUGGAAUAUCAAGUAUUACAAGAAGAAAUGGCCUCUGUACAGCCCCAAGUCGAAGCGAUGCGCAAAUUAGAGGCACAAAAUAAACUUUUAAAUGCAAAAAAUCAAGAACUAAUGGGGCAGUUAACGGUAGCGCUGACAAAUGUUGAGAGGUUAGAAAAAACGAGGGGGUUACAACAAGCGCAGCUCAACAGGUUGGAAAUGCAAAGUAGAGGGUCGGAUGUAACCAUAUCUAUCCUAGGAAAUUUUAUUAAUAAUUUAAUUGAGACAAAGGUCGACAUAGAAAUUCCAGAUGAAGUAAGAAGGAUAUUGUCACAAAUCACGUUUUCCGAAAAGAAAAAAUCUGAGGGAAAAGGGCAAAAUAAUUUAUUAAAAAUACUACAAGAAAAGGAGAAUCGUAUGCAGCCGCCGGAUCGUUUGAUGGUUAAAUCUCUCAGUACCGGCAAAAUAACCGUUCCAUCAUCCUUAGACUUUAUGUCUAGGGCAAACAGUCUAAAUACCAAAGAAGAAAAUAUAAUUGUACCACUAUUAAAAAACCAAGUUCAAAAAUCACCAUCUGGUUCUACCGAGAAAAAGUCUAGCUUUUUUUCGAGUUCGCAUAGUAAUAUAUUAGAGCAACAAAGGUUAAAUAGUAGCCAAACUACUUUAUUAAAUAGCAAAAUAGACAUCAAGGUUCAAGAGUGCGAAAACAACAGGAAAAACUCCGAAACACCAUCAAUAGAUAUACCAAACCCAAAUAAAAAUACCUCUCCUACACAUUCAAUAGAUAGUGGAGUUGGUACUCCAUCAAGCCCGAAAAUACCCGAACACCACCCGCUCAGUAAUUGUGACGUAACAUUUACUUAUAGUGGCACUAAAGAAUUAAAAAAUCUGAAAAGCCUUAAGCAUUAUCAACGAAACUCGAGUCCUGAUAUGCUUGAAAAUGCGAAAUUAAAUUAGGAAUGAUGAUAAAAAUUCUCAUUUAUUUGAUUUUUCGUGAUAGUUCUUAGGUUAUAGGUAUUUGUGAGAAUGCUUUACAAUCCGCCUUAAAAAUAUCCAAAAUAUAAAAAGAAAUAAGUUCUAGAGUAAAAAUUAUUCCGCAAAUUGAAAAUUCUAGGCAUUUUAAACCAAAAAAGAUUUUUUUAAUGUUUUUUUUUAAUAUUCAUAAAUUCACUGCUUCUUAGUACUCGUGUUAAAAUAAGGAUUGUAUCCAUUUUAAUUUUUAGAUAUUUCACGUUAAUCACAGAAUAUAUUAGUUUUGGUGAUAUUAGCCUAUAUUAUGUUAUGUUUAGUUAAAAACACACCUAAAUAAUUUUUUUAACAACGCAAUGUAUAUUUUUAGAAAUUUUGUCAGAAAACCCUAAUAACUGCAACAAAUUGAUAUGAAUUUAAAAAAAAACUAAAUUAACUUAAGUUCAUACUUAUUUUCAAUGUCCAAAUUUGGUUUAGAAAUAAAACUUACAGAUAAGUUUCAGAAUAUAAAUUACAAUACAACAAAUUUCGGAACAUAUAUUGUUUUGAACUUUUUUAUAGCUCAUACCAAUUUAUGGCAUUAUGGAACACCUUAUAGAUCGUUUAUAUUUUUUUAAUGGCAAUUUUUAAAUUUUAAAGAAAAAUAUUGUUGUAGUCAUAGUAUGUAUAUUUUGUACUUAAGGUUAUUGUUUAAUUUAUUUUUAGCAAAUAGUUCUGAUAAUAUUAAUAAGGGCAUAUUUGUUUAUGUAAGCGUAUGGCAAUAUAAUUUGCUGAGUAUUUCGUCAAUAAAGAAUAAAAAAAUAUUAGUCAUGUGGUCACAUAUAUAUAUAUCCACGUAUAUACAUAUACGCCCGCAAAAAAAAUUAUAUAAUAUGUAGAUGAUAUUAUUUUAUGAAAUAUUUGUAAUUAUUAUUAAAGUAAUAAAUUGACAAAAUUUUAUAGCAAAGUUUCUUUAAUAUUAUUUUUAUUGUCAAACCUUUAUUUUUGUCAGUUAUGUUUAUUAAUUAAUUAAGGGUAACAACCAAUUACCAAAAGCCCACAACCUAGAACAGUUAUUUCAUAAUACGAAUAUAAAAACUAGUUUGUAAAUAAAAUUAGAUAAUGUAUUGCUCGAUAUAAUUAAGAAGAGAUAAACAUGCUAAUAAUAACCUAUUCCUCUCGAGCGCCCUAAUUAUAAAAUUGGAAUUAUUUGAUGCUGUGAUCUAUUAGACUGCAGUGAGUCCGUAAUUAAAUUCGUGUGAUUCGUUGUAUGACCAUUAACUAAAGAAACUUUGUUUAAAUGAGCAGUUUAUUCAAAAUCUUUUUUAUUUUUGCUUAAUGCAAUCAAUAUGACACAUUAAAGAUAGCAUGACAAUAAG